CGACGUCCAUAUCUGUUGCAACAAACACCACCUUCUCUCACACACACACAGACCAACUCCUUCUGCCUCCUCCUCCACCAAUACCAAUACCCAUACUCACUGCUCCAUACCGCUUCCCGUUCCGUCGAUCCCUCCCCGAAACCUGCUCCGUUCGUGAAACAACGAGCACGAAGCCCGCCAAGCCCAUCGUCCCGCCGGCUUCACCACCAAGGUCAUAGUCAUACCACGAGGCCAUUGCGCCAUUGCAUUGUCCGUGCGGCCUUCGACUCACUCACCAACGCCGUGAAAAAAAAUCCUUCCUGCCGUGACGGUAUUUCUUCGAGAGCAUUCCAGAUACCACUCUCGACAUCUACUGGGAACAACUACUACAAUCACAACUACAACUACAACGACAACACCCGUAUACCCCACUUUUCGGGACCCUCGCAUUACCACACUGCUCCAUACCACCAGCCAUGGACUGCUUCCAAGACUUUUGCCUCCACUGUGACCGGGACUCACCCGAUGGGCCAUAUUGCUCUCAACAUUGCAAGUUAGCCGAUCUCGAACGAUCAAACCCGUCAUCACCAACUUCGACUGCUUCACAAAGUGGACGCUUCUGGACACAAUCCGCAUCUCUCUCCAGCUCUCGACCACAAUCAUCAUACUUGGCAUGGUCUCAAUCAGACAAACAGAUGAUGGAUGCGCGGCAACUGACGCCGUCAUCAUCACGAACAUCUCUUUCAUCAGCAUCCUCUCGCACCACCACCACCACCACCACCACCACAUCUGGAAGCUAUUCUACCGAGGCCAAAGCACAGCUCAACGACUAUUUCAGCUCCUUUGAUCAAGCCAAAGCCGCAAAAAGAAGAUCGAGCACCAGGUAGAGAGAUCCACAAUAGCUUCGGAUCCGCCUCCGCGUAUCACCGCCCACUAGGCCUUCUGUACCACCCACCCUUACUACUUUUGUCGGUCCAUAUGGCCGAUCCAUUCUCAUCUACUGCUUCUCUCAUCUCAUCUGGGGGCUUCCCGACAACAGAACGGAAGCUUGGGCGUUGUAUACGUCCUGACGAAUUUAUGUACCACUAAAAGCAUUGGAGCGGCAAUGUCAGUAACGACGAAUGUACCUGAACAACAACUUUUUUUUCCGGGAGGCGCUUGGACGGAGGCGUUCGAGAGGGGUCUCUCAAAUGUCUCGAAAUGGAAAUGCACUACCCAUGGCUGGCGAGCCAAUUGGAAGAUGUGGAAUCGUGUUUCGAGGGUUCAGUCACUACUCAACUGUUUUGAGAGAUUUGUUGGUGUGUGUGUGCGUGUGCGUGUGUCAGCAUGGCAAAAAGACCUUGCUGGUUUGUACGCUCAAUGGGAUUGCACUGCGCAAGAGACCCAAGUUUCAGAAUGUGGAGAGUCUGCGCGUAGCAUUUACCAACGAACGCAGAGGGGUGUGGUUGGGUAAUCCGAGGGAUGGGUCACCCCUUCUUCACGAGAGUUUCAGUAAACCCGUGACGAUGUCCAUGUGAGCCAUCCUUUUUUUCCCCUCCCCAAUGAGAAGCUAGCCGCCGCCUGAUGAUGGGCGUGCUUAGGCACCAUAUUUUUUUUUUUCUUUUGCCUCUUUGAUGACCAGACAACCACUUGGGUUGGUGUCACACACUAUAGAUAGUUGUAGUGAUAGUUGGUCACAAUGAAAGAGAAAAAAAAGACCCUUUUUC